AUGGAUGGAUCCAAUGCCAGAAUUGAUCUUGCCUCUCCCGUUCCAUCCUGGUUCCUUCCAGCGCCUCCCAACCCCCAAAAAGUGGGAAAUCCAGCAAAUCAGCUCCCGAGUAUCUCAAGCGAGGAACAUCGGGACGAGAGCCAGAAGCCAGAGAAGCCCAAGAUCCAGGGCAAGGCGAGGUUUAGUGGAUCGCUUCCACCUUGUACAGUGACCCUCUGCAGCGGGUUUCCCAAUGUUUCCGAUGCUGGAACCCGCUACAAGGUACCCGUUCUGGAAAUGCGACAUGCAACCACGAGUUUGGCAGGUAUCCCACUAGGACCUUUGAGGCACAUUCUGCUGGGGUGA